AUGCAACCAACACCUCCACAAGGUCCAUAUGGCCCUCCUAAUGGUGCCUUGCCUUACAGACCAAUUGAAAGACCACUACAGCCAAAUCAAAAUCAACCAAUGAUGGCAAGGCCAAUGCCAGGUCAACCAACAUCAAUCAUGGCUUCACGUCCACUUCCACCUGGUCCUCAAAUGCCACAACAGCCAUCGCGUCCAAUCAUGCAAUCUCCUGGUCAACCACCAAAUGGAUUGUCAUCAUUGCAACAGAUGCCCAUCCCAACUGAUGGUCAACAAUUGCAACAACAGCAACGUUUUGCAUCGAGGCCACUUCAACAGCCAAUGCAACAACCAGGUACUGCAAUGCCACGUGGUCCCAUGCAACAACAGGGUCCUAUGGUCCAACAACAGAUCCCUGCAUCUCAACAGCAACCUAGACCUACCGGAAUCAUGCCACAGCAGCACCAACCGCAACCUGCCAUAGUAGAUCCAUCUCUCUCAAACCCGAUGAUGACACAGCCUGGAAUACCGAGUCAACAACCUCUAAAUGGAAUCAACGGAUCGCAUAAUAGUAACGCUACUAAUCCGACAGCCGGUGAAGUCGAAAAUACAGCACUCGCUCAACAGAUGGGAAACAUGGUAAUCGGGUCAAAGUCCCGGUCCAAGCGAGUAUACGCUGGUCAGGACGCUAUGGGGGGUAGUGGUAUGAUGGCUCCUGGUCCUAGUCCAAUGCAACAGUCAGGUGGAAUGAUUAACGGACAACCACAACAGCAGCCACAGCAACAAAGGCCUCAAAUGAUGCCAGAACGUCCAUUACAGCAGCAGGCCUCAUUCAAUCAAUUUGUGGCGCCUGGUGCUCCAACUCAACCAGCUGGAAAUCAAUCAAUACCUCAACAGCAAAUGGGUCUACCAAACCAAUAUCAGCCUAUACAGAAUCAGCAAAAUAGUCAAUAUCAGCCUGCUCAGAACCCAUAUCCUAACCAGCCGCUACUAAAUCCAUAUCCAAAUCAAAUACCUCAACAACCCAUGCGACAACCAGAUACAAGUGCACCACAAAUUAAUAGAGCACCACUGCAACCACUACAGCCUUUACAAGUUAAUCAGCCCGUAAAUCAAUCUAUGCGCAGUGCAGCUCCACUAUCUGCUACCACACCUCGAUCACGUAUAGAUCCAAAUCAAAUACCAUCGCCUAUUGCUGUACAGGAAGCUGAUCAGACUCAUUAUGAUAAAGAACCGUAUAUGACCUUAUCAAAAACUGUACCGCCAUUAGCGUCUAGUCGGUUUAGAGCCGUUGAUGAAGGCAACUGCAAUCCAAGAUUCAUACGACUGACGACGUGUAAUUUCCCUACAACAAAUGAAUUACUGACCACAUCCGAGCUGCCGCUUGGCAUGGUUGUUCAACCUCUAGCAGAUUUGGCUCAUGAUGAGGCAAGUGUCCCUAUCAAAGUCGUUGAUUUCGGAGAGACUGGGCCAGUAAGAUGUAAUAGGUGUAAAGCGUACAUCAAUCCAUUCGUCAUUUUCACCGAUGGUGGACGUAAAUUCACUUGCAAUCUAUGUACAUUUGAAAACGACGUCCCGCAAGAAUAUUUCGCUAAUCUAGAUAUGGCCGGUCGACGAGUUGAUAUCGAUCAACGACCUGAACUCUUGUUUGGCUCUGUAGAAUUCGUAGCACCUAAAGAAUAUUGUGCUCGACCACCUCAACCUGUAUCAUACUUAUUUUGCAUUGAUGUGUCUUGGAGCGCUGUACAAACUGGUCUUGUAAAACUCACUGCUGAUGCUUUACGGCAAAUCUUUUAUGGAGAACGUCCUAUUCUACCAUCUGGUGCACGGAUCGGAAUCAUGACGUAUGAUCGAGCAGUGCAUUUUUACAGCCUCAAGUCUACCUUGGAGCAAGCACAAAUGCUAGUUGUUCCUGAUGUGGAGGAUAUCUUUGUGCCCAUCAGUGAAGGUUUAUUGGUAGAUCCGAUUGAAUCCAGGCAUGUGAUAGAGGGUUUAUUGGAUUGUCUUCAUACGUUGUUUGAAUCUACUCGGAUAAAUGAUCCUGCUGUUGGAGCUGCGAUGCAAGCUGCAUAUAUCGCUAUGAAGGAACAUGGUGGCAAAGUAAUUUUCACUCAGACGACAAUACCUUCAUUUGGUCCUGGAGCUUUGGUGAAUAGAGAAGAUGUCAAAAUACUGGGCACAGACAAGGAAAAGACACUCUAUGAGCCACAAGACAAUUAUUGGAAGAAGCUUGCUCAUGAUUAUGCUGGAAGUGGUAUAUCCGUGGACUUGUUCUUGUUCCCCAAUGCGUACAUCGAUGUUGCCACAGUUGGCGUCGUUGCAACCAUGACUGGUGGUGACACUUUCAACUAUACCAACUUUGAUGGGCCACGAGACGGAUUGAAAUACAUGAAUGACAUGCUUCGAUUGCUUGCACGAACAUUUGGAUAUGAAUCAUUACUAAGAAUUCGGUGCUCUAAUGGAAUAUCUGUCAAGGAAUACUUUGGCAACUUUUACAUGAAGAACACUACAGAUGUAGAAUUAGCAGGUCUAGAUAGUGAAAAAUCUAUUGGUGUAUUGCUCAAGCACGAGGGCAAACUGGAUGAAAGGACUGACGUAUCUCUCCAAUGUGCCGUACUGUAUACUACUGCCACUGGUCAACGGCGUAUUCGAAUGCAUAACACGACGGUACCUGUUGCAUCACUCUUGGGCAAUAUGUUUAGAUAUGCUGAAAUGGAUACUACCAUCAACUUUAUGGCCAAGAUGGCCAUUUCUCAGUCUUUGUCUGCACCACUACGGACUGUACGAGAGCAAAUAACAGAUAAAUGUGUGAAGAUAUUAACUGCCUAUCGAAAACACUGCGCAUCGUCUUCGUCGAAUCCUGGACAGCUCAUUCUGCCAGAAUCCUUUAAAUUAUAUCCACUUUACGCAUUAUCAUUGCUCAAAACCAAGGCAUUCCGAGCUGGUCCAGAAAUGUCGACUGACAUUCGAGUCUACCAUAUGCGAUUGUUACGUGGUAUGGGUGUAUCUGGCACCAUUCCUAUAAUCUAUCCAAGGCUCUUCCCAUUGCAUCAAUUAGCUGGCGAGACAACACCAACCGCUGAAUCUAUGCCAUCUACGAAUCUUCCACCAACUAUUCGAACGUCAUACGAAAGAUUAGAACCAAGUGGUGCUUACUUGAUAGAGAAUGGCAUGCAAUUGUUUAUAUGGUUGGGACGUGAAUUACCACCACCCUUCUUGGAAGCGGUAUUUGGAGUCAAUGCCCUUGAACUGGUGGACUCUAAGAUGCGCCUGUUACCUCCGUUAACAAGUCACCUGUCCACCCGAAUCCGUGGUAUUCUGGAUGAAGUGAUUGCAUCUCGAUCACGGUAUCUACAACUUCAACUGGUUCGACAAUCGUUGGAUCCAGUGCUAGAAAUUGAGUUUGCCAAUACGCUUGUGGAGGACAAGAAUCAUGAUAAUAUGAAUUAUGUGGAUUAUCUCUGUGCUGUUCAUCGAUCUAUUCAGGUUGAGAUGACCACCACUUAA